CUCCGUCCUGUCUUAUCCUUAUCUGUGUCGACCCAAAACCUCUCUUGUUUAUACCUCGACCUAGUUCCUCUCUUUUUCUUUCCAGUCUUUUCUUUCAUUGCUCCAGUGCAAGAAAACCUAAACAACAAAUAGCCAUCAUGUCCAAGACCGACCAAAAAGCCUGCCUCAGUACGUCGUCAUGCCCCGCCCCCUCCAUCAGCUCCAAACAUUUCUAUGCCCCGCGAUCGUGAUAGCUUGCAAUGCAUCGUCCUUCUGCGAGACGCUCAGCCUCUCCCCCAGUCAUUACCCAAUGAUUGGAGGGAGGAUUGAAUUAUCGUCUUUUACAUCAUUCUACUAUACCUAGAAAUGGCAUGGCUAACCAUGGAAUUGCACUCUUACAGUCGUCAUUGACGGUUGGGGUAUUCCCUCCGCCGACAGCCCCAAGGACGGCGAUGCCAUCACCAACGCCAAGACCCCCGUCAUGGACGCCCUCUACAAGGACUCCAAGGGUUACACCGAGCUCGAGGCCUCAUCGCUGGCGGUGGGCCUUCCCGAGGGCCUCAUGGGUAACUCUGAGGUUGGACAUUUGAACAUUGGUGCCGGUCGUGUUGUCUGGCAAGACGUUGUCCGAAUUGACCAGACCAUCAAGAAUGGCGAGCUUAGCCAGAACGAUGUCAUCAAGAAGACCUUCCAGAGCGCUGCUGGUGGAAACGGCCGACUGCACCUCUGCGGUCUUGUCUCUCACGGUGGUGUGCACGCCAAGCAAACUCACCUCUACGCCCUCCUCAAGGCCGCCAAGGAGUACGGUGUGCCCAAGGUUAUCAUCCACUUCUUCGGUGAUGGCCGUGACACCGACCCCAAGUCCGGUGCUGGCUACAUGCAGGAGCUCGUCGACAACAUCAAGGAGAUUGGCGUUGGUGAAAUCGGUACCGUUGUCGGCCGAUACUUCGCUAUGGACCGCGACAAGCGUUGGGACCGUCUUGAGAUUGCCCUUAAGGGUCUUAUCCUCGGUGAGGGUGAGGCCUCUGAGGACCCUGUCGCUACCGUCAAGGCUCGAUAUGAGCAGGGUGGUGACAUGAACAAGGACGAGUUCCUUACUCCCAUCAUUGUCGGUGGUGACGACCGCCGUAUCAAGGAUGACGAUACUGUCUUCUUCUUCAACUACCGAUCCGACCGCGUCCGCCAGAUCACCCAGCUUCUUGGCGAUGUCGACCGAUCUCCUCUUCCUGACUUCCAAUACCCCAAGAUCAAGCCCCUUGUCACCAUGACCCAGUACAAGGUCGACUAUCCUUUCGAGAUUGCCUUCAAGCCCCAACACAUGGGCAACGUUCUCGCUGAGUGGCUCGGCAAGCAGAAUGUUGAGCAGGUUCACAUCGCUGAGACUGAGAAGUACGCUCACGUCACCUUCUUCUUCAACGGUGGUGUCGAGAAGGUUUUCCCUCUCGAGACUCGCGACCAGUCCCAAGAUCUGGUUCCCUCCAACAAGUCCGUCGCUACCUACGAUCUUGCCCCUGAGAUGUCUGCCGAUGGCGUCGCCGACCAGGUUGUCAAGCGUCUCGGCGAGCAGAAGUUCCCCUUCGUCAUGAACAACUUUGCUCCUCCCGACAUGGUCGGUCACACUGGUGUCUACGACGCCGCUGUCAUCGGCUGUGAGGCCACCGACAAGGCCAUUGGCAAGAUUCUUGAGGGUUGCAAGAAGGCUGGCUACGUUCUCUUCAUCACUGCCGACCACGGUAACGCUGAGGAGAUGAAGUUCGCUGAUGGCAAGCCCAAGACCAGCCACACCACCAACAAGGUACCCCUUCUCAUGGCCAACUACCCCGAGGGUUGGAGCCUCAAGAAGACCACCGAGGGUGUUCUCGGUGACGUCGCCCCUACCGUCCUCGCCGCUAUGGGUCUGCCUCAGCCUGAGGAGAUGACUGGAAAGUCCCUUCUCGAGAAGGCUUAAUUAAGAUGACUAUGAUGAGCAAAUAUACCUAAAAAUAAAAUGAAUCCCGAGGGAUGGUGUAGUAGUAGUGGUAGUAGUAUUAGCGAUUUGUUGAUGGCUGAGCGCUGGGCGUGGGCUGUUGGUUCUUGAUGCGUGCCAGUCGACUGCAUGGCUUUGGAGUUGAUGAGGGUUAGAAAUUACCCUCGACUGGAUAGACCUAGAGUCUAGAGUUUUAAAAGAGUAAAAUUACCGAGAAUAGAGAAUUAUAAUGUUUCUCAAACGCUUCUAUGAUUUUGGAUGACGACUCACCUAAGCAUAACAUGGCUGAACACAAUAACAACAUGUGUGUUAUGAACACAUGUAGGUAGGUCAAGUAGUAAUAACAACUCGCUUGAUACCUUACUGGAUGACUGUUUAUAAAUUAUUGUUAUAGCUGCCUCUUACUCAUUCCUUAAGCACUUUCCCACAUAUGUUAUUGUCAUUGCGUUUUUAACGUUGAAGUACUGUGUAUAGGGUGGCCAUAGUGGCAAAUCUGCAAAUAAGAAGCGUGAGGUUAUUAACUAGCUGCUGAACCAACUAGGAUCACAAGCCGCGGCUGUCUGUGAUCUUGUCAUAUUCUCAAUAUUAGGCUUGCUACAUUGGACAUGGUGUAGCUAUUUUUUUCUAGUAUCCGAGUGCACUAUGUCUAUAAGAACUAACUUAUCAAUUCACCCGCCUACCAUGAACACUGCGUAAUAGAUUUCUAUAGUCCUAUGACAGACGCCCUGAUUCAAUACUGAUCAAACGCAAAAGACAACUUGCUCACACUCGUCAAAUUUUGACUCGACUUGUUGCCACUCUUGCCACCCACAACAAGACUGAAUCAUGAAAUCUCUAUAGUUGUAUCAACCAGGGUGCACGUACAGGGAACAUUCGUUUUCAUAAAGUAAUAUCUUAUUUUUCCCCUUUGAACCGCGAAUCAACAAUUGGAAACGAUUAUUAGGGUCCAAGAUGGAGAGACAUGCUAAAAGGGAAAAGAAAACAACUGGCCAUGCCCCUGUCGGAAACAUAACCAGCAAAUGAGAAGCACACUGAGACAAAAGACCUCCAUGCAUUUCUAAUGUCUAGUUUGUGUGUUAUCCCGCCGUAUUCUGCUGGCCUACUUGCCUUCUGGGUAUCUAGACUAGGGCUUUGAAUUCUCAACAAAGAUCC